AUGACGGUGAUCUCAGUGUUUUACCUCAGAGGUGAUGUUUGCAUUCGCGUGGACCGCCUGUCAUCCCUGGGUUCAGCAGUGCGCGCGCUUCCACGGCGGGCACGCGGGUCUCCUGGAGGUGCCACAGUGAGCAGCCGUGCAGAGUGCAGUGUGGGAGACCGGCGUGUCAACAGGUGGACGACAGCUCCGUCUGACGUGGGGGCUUUGGCGUUCGCCGCCUGCAUUCCAAGCCUGACACAUCCACUUACUGAGCAACAGGCCAACAAGUACGUCUCGGCCCCUCUGAACCUCACUGUCUUGCCAGUGAAGGCUGGGGUGAUCAUACCAACAUGGGACAUGGCCGGGAGACAUGAAUGUGUAAGCAAUGCGUGGAGACCUCUACAGCACUGGAUUCACCCUACGGACAGAAGCCGACCUCCUCAUUCUGUACUGGCCCGGCACACUCUUCAUCUUCACCCUCACCUCCAAGCUCCAGCCACAUGCGCCUUUUUCCAGAUUCUAAGACCUAAGCCCUGGGGUGCCCGCCAGGUCUGGAGCCCCCUCCCUUCCCUGUUCAUCCUCCAACCUCAGCCCGGCGGGGGACGGGGGCCCGACCUCCCAGAUGCCUCCCCUGACCUCCCGACAAGGCCAACAUCCCUAACAUCCUCCCGAGUGACCGAGAGCGACUUGCUGGGCCCACCUGUGCCAACCCCUUCCCGCUCGCCUCUCCUGGACUCCACACUCCAGCCAAGCCAGCCUCCUGCAGGCCGGCUCUCCAACACGCCAGCCGCUCCCUUCGGGGCCUCCACUCCUGCUGCCUGGAGGCCUUCUCAAGCCACCUUACCUGAAACAGCCCCGCCCCGCCGCAGCUCGGCGCCCUUGGGAGCACUCACCACCACCUGCACCGUGUGUCUCGUGUGUGUGCCCACCGCUCGUCUCUUCCCACUGGACGAGAAGCUCCAUGAGAGCUCGUUUCCCGAGGCCCUCCUGCCCGGACCCUGUGCCGGCUGCCUCGAGCCAGAGUUCCCGGUGCAAAAUGGCUGCACAGAUACCUCAGUUCGGCGGGCGGUGUGCAGACGGGCUGCACACGACACUCAACUCAAGAUGGCGGCGGCAGACUGUGUGCUCUGGCGCCCGGAGCAGCGCCGCUGUGCAGAGCUCCGCCCUCUCCCCUUUGACCCUAUAAAGUAG